GGGUAACAUCGUCAACACAACUUCUAUUUCUAUUAAACCUCUGAAACCCCAAAUCUCUCCAUUUUUCUCUGCACAAUUAGAAAAAUGGCGGAAGCAGUAGAAGUAGUAGAAAUAGAAGAAGGCGAAGAAGAAAGCAGAGAGAAUCUGAAAUCAGUAUUUCCAUUGAGCCGAAUCAAGAAAAUCAUGAAAAUAGAUCCAGAAAUAAACAAGAUAAACUCAGAAGCUUUACAUCUAGUUUCGCUCUCAACAGAUCUAUUUCUUCAAUUUUUAACCGAGAAAUCAACAAGAGUCGUAUUAGAGAAGAAGAGAAAAACAAUCAAAUUCGAACAUUUGAGAAUUGCAGCUAAACGACAUCAACCCACUAGUGAUUUCUUACUCGAUUCUCUUCCAAUGCCUGAGUCGAAUCCUUCGGUGGGAGCAGAACCUCAGAAACGAUCUGAAUCUCAUCUUGAAAAGCCUCUUCCGGUUGGUACUCGUCGUAUUGAUCAAUUCUUUAAAAAAUCUGUUGUUGAGGAAUCUUAAUUUUACAAUUUAGGGUUCAUGAACUUUAUCUAUGUGUUAGCUGAAGUUAUUUUUACAUUUAUACUUUGUUUACACCUCUGAAAUGUUAGUAUCUUGUUUAAUUGUUUUGAAAUUAAAGAGUUUCUGAACUUGCAAUUAUGUUGAGGAUAAUGCCCAAUUU